AUGGCAUUUAUGAUUUUUCUGAUAUCACUUAAAUAUAAUCGGAAAUUUUUUACGAAUAGGAGUAUAACAUUAAUAGAGUAUUAUAAAAGAAAAAUCUUUAUUAUACAAACAAAAGCUGUAAAUUAUUAGAUAGUGCCUGUGGUAAUGUAAAUUAAAAUUAAUAUAAUUGUCUUGAAUGCUAGAGUGGCUAUUAUCUAUAAGUAGUUUAAAAAUCUUGUUUACAAUGCCUAAAAUAUAGUUAAAAUUGUUAAAGUUUAACAAUUUGCUUAAAUUGUGAAAUAGGCUUUGGGCUUAAAAAUGGGAAAUGCAAUAGUUGUGGCGAUUUUUGUAAAACUUGUAAAUAUUCAGAAGAAUAUAAAAUAAUGUAAUUUUAAAAUUGUAUUAAUAAUUAAUUAUAUUAUUUAUCAUUAAAUGGUAAGGAUUGCAAAAGAAAUAUAAUAGAAAAUUGGAUGUAUGCAUUUGAAACUUCUAAAUUGGAUUACACAAUAAAUUCUUUAGACUAUAUUUUUCAGCCCUAUGAAGAUUAAAUAACUAGUUAAUGUGGAAAGUGUAAAGAUGACUAUUAUUUUUUUUAAAUUAUAAUAUAUGUAGUGA